AGCUUGUAGUGUCUUGGAAAGAGUUACACCCCUUUAGUAACAUUCAAAAUGGCUGCUUCUAUAGGAUUGCGAGUGGCCAGCCGUCUAGCAACAGCUAGUAGGAACGUAAUUCCAAGGUACUAUGCUUCUGGACGGCCAGGGGAUAAUUUGACAACAGCAACAAAGCCCCGUGAACAAGAUGACAAUCAGUCACAUCAAGUGCAGACCAUCACUGUCAGUGACAAGGUUGACAUCACACCUCUGACUGGUGUCCCAGAGGAGCACAUCACCACGAGGCGAGUGCGUAUCUUCGUACCUGCAAGGAAUGCCAUGCAGUCAGGAUCUUAUGGUACUCGCAGGUGGAGGAUUGAGUUUGAUCAGAGGGAGAGAUGGGAAAACCCACUCAUGGGUUGGGUGUCAACAGCGGAUCCACUCUCAACAAUGAAUGUAGAUUUCAGUUCCCAGGAGGAAGCCAUGGACUUCUGUGAGAAAAAAUGGUUGGGAAUAUUUCAUUGAAGAGGAACACUUACCCACCUUCAAGAGAAAAUCAUAUGGUGCCAACUUCUCUUGGAACAAGAAGACUCGUGGUGUCUACCAAAUAAUGAAUCUGUCAGUUAGUGAAACUUUUGGGCAACCUCCGCUCAUUUCUCCUCAGUUAUGGUAUUACUAGCUUUUGUAUGUUUGUGGCUGACUAGUCAGCUCCAGUAUAAACGGCAGUUACUGAGCCUGGUUGAUGACCAAUGACAAUUGUUGCCAGUUUCAUCUGAUGGGAUCUUGUGUAAAUAUGAACCAUGAUUAUCUGUAUGUGAGUGGCUGUAGCUGCCAGUGAAUUAAAUAUCUAAUGGAGAACUGUGUUGUCAUGUUCAGAAAGAGA